GCGUGAGUGACGGAUUAUUCUUCGCGGUACCACUGGAGCCAGCCAACGCGCAACGCACACUCCUUUCGAAUCUCACGAACUGUACACCAUCGAACUGAUCGUCAAUUGACAUCAAUACAGUAAGCUCCCGCUCGUCAAUUGAGCUUCAACGCAAAUCACCAACAACCGUCACCUAGCAUCGCGACGACUUCGACGACACUCCCCUUACGACCCCGAACCCUCCCUCAUACCACAUCCUCACCCACAUACCCGGCGAGCCCAAGGCUCCCCAAACCGAAUCCAAAAUGGGCGGCCUAACAAACGUAAUCAACAUGUGCUCCCACCUCCAAAACGCCUCCCGCGCACGCCUGGGCAUGACCUCCGUCACAAACACAAAGCAGAACCUCAACCUCGCCCUCGCCCUCCACCGCUCCGGCUUCGUCUCCUCCCUCUACCGUGGCGGCCCGACCCCGCCCGCGCCCGAAGACCUCCUCCGCGACCCGGAACCCGUCACCUCGGCCAACGUCGCCACGCGCCGCCUCUGGCUCGGCCUCAAAUACUGGAACAACGAGCCCGUCCUCCGCGGCCUGACCAUGGUCACGAAGCCCACGCGGCCCAUCAACGUCCACAUUGAGGACCUCGAGCUCGUCGUCCGCGGGUUCCCGACCAAGAACGGCCUCGUCAAGGGGUUGGCGCUGGGAGAGUGCCUGUUUAUUUCUACGGAUAGGGGUAUCUUGGAGGCGAGGGAGGCGCUGGCGAGGAAAGUUGGCGGUAUGGUGUUGUGCCGGGCGAGAUAAGAAGGGGAAACAGACCUUGUUGUAGGUCAGAGGGAAAGAAAGAUGGCCUUUAGAGAAGGGAGACCUUGAAUAGCCGCUCCCUACGAGGAGAGAGCAUCUGGGCCUCGGGGAAAAGGAGUCUUGGGAAAAAGAAGACACCACAGGGCAGGUGUCAAAGUCAACAUGUUGCUGCUCUGUAGGAGAAAUGUCCUCCAUAUACUGUACAAAAGUUGUAUUCUAGAGAAGACACGAACACAC